UAAAGCUAUCUUUGCAAAACAAAAAUGUUGCACAACGAUUGACACAGAUAAAAUUAUGUUUGCUGGAUAAACAGAACUUAGAGACUUUAUAACCAACACAAUGCCAAUCAAGUGUAACUUGUGUGAAGCGGGAGCUAUUUUAAAACGACCUAAAACAGGAGAUGCUCUGUGUAAGAACUGUUUCUACUUCGCCUUUGAAGAGGAAGUCCACAAAACCAUCACAGAUGCCAACCUGUUUGUCCGAGGGGAGACGGUUGCCAUAGGAGCCUCAGGGGGCAAAGAUUCCACAGUGCUGGCCUAUGUGCUGAAAACCCUGAACCAGAGAUACGACUACGGCGUGAAUCUUGUCCUGUUGUCUGUGGACGAGGGGAUCACUGGGUACAGGGACGACUCACUGGAGACGGUGAAGAGGAACCAGCAGCAGUAUGACCUGCCCCUGAAGAUUGUAUCGUACGAGGAGCUGUAUGGCUGGACCAUGGACGCCAUUGUUAAACAGAUCGGCCUCAAAAAUAACUGUACAUUCUGUGGAGUGUUUAGACGCCAGGCUUUGGAUAGAGGAGCUAUCCUGAUGAAAGUGGAUAGGAUAGUUACAGGUCACAAUGCAGAUGACAUUGCAGAAACAGUGAUAAUGAACGUGCUUCGAGGAGACAUAGGAAGAUUGCAGAGAUGCACAGCCAUCACCACGGGGACAGAGGGGGCCCUGCCCAGAAGUAAACCAUUCAAGUACACAUACGAAAAGGAGAUUGUCAUGUAUGCUUAUUUCAAGAAGUUGGACUAUUUUUCCACUGAAUGUAUAUAUUCCCCAAAUGCAUACAGAGGGUUUGCUAGAGCCUACAUCAAAGAUUUAGAGAAGAUUAGACCUAGUGCAAUUAUUGACAUAAUCCACUCGGGAGAGAGUCUGUCUGUGAAGAAAGCAGUGAAACUUCCCACACAAGGAACUUGUGAGCGGUGUGGCUACAUCUCCAGUAACCCUCUAUGUAAAGCCUGUAUCUUGUUGGAGGGGCUCAAUAGGGGGCUACCCAGGCUGGGAAUCGGGAAAAGUCACAAAGAAAGAAGGAAGCUGAAUGAAAUGUUGGCACAGAAAGAAGAGGCUGGUAAUGAGAGGACAACUCCUGACAACUCAAGGGAGACAACUGAGAAUUCUUCCUCCGAGAAGUCAGCAUCAGGAAGCCCGAAACAGAAGUGUGAGAACUGUAGCUGUGGACAGAAAUGUCUGUCAGAGAAAGUGGAGGACUUACAGUUGGACAGAAGGAAAAUAGACCCCGCCCUCAUAGACUUCUGAUUGUUGGGGGCCUAGAUAGGCUUGUAAUGAAACUUGG